AUGGGAAGCAGUAGCGUUACAGGAGUAGAGAAGGAUCAGUGGAGUGGAAAAGUCACAGUGAUCCUUGAGGAUGGACAGCAUUAUGAUGGUGAUGUUCUUGCUGGGGCAGAUGGGAUAUGUAAUACUGUUGGUUCGGUCAAAACUAUUCGGGCAGGCCGAUGCAAACUAUUCGGACUGUACAUGCUACAAUGGCCCGGCAAACUUUUUCCUACCUUAUAUAUACACUACCAGCCGGUUGCACAAGCUACACUACGAAUUCUCCAAGAGGCAAAUCUUUCUCUUGCACGUUUGCAUACUUACAAUGAAAUGAUUUCUUUGACAUAUGCUCAACCCGUGGCUCCAACUGGAAUUUUGAAAUCUUCAAAUACUUCAGGAAAAAAGAAGAGGCAGCUAAAUUUGUUUGGAAAUUGGUGCAAGGAAGUGAUUGAACUAAUAUCAGAAACACCAGAGGAUACGAUCUUACGGAGGGACAUAUGCGAUAGAGACAUGAUCUACAACUGGGGGAUUGGAUGGGCAACUCUUCUAGGCAAUGCUGCUCAUGCAAUGCAGCCAAAUCUGGGCCAAGGAGGUUGUAUGGCAAUCGAGUCGAGACUUACGAAUCCAGAGGAUUGUUACCAACUUAUUCUUGAGCUCGAUAAGUUUGCCAAGGGUGGCUUAAAUUUUCAACAGUCUAAUGAAAUUGCCACUGCUCUUCGUAGGUGCGAGAAGAAAAGAAUGUUCCGAGUUAGUAAGGUGAUGCAGAUGCCAGGAUGGCAACAAAAGCGCUCACCCUCUACCAACCCUGCGUGA